AUGGAUCCAGUGUCCUUUCGGCCAUGGAUUGCAUUUCCCUUGCUAGUAGCGGCGUGCUGCUGUGCAAAUGCCGAGCGGCAGUUUCAAGGCCUUUACACCAUCGUCAACGUCGCAACUGAACGCAAACUGGUGGCUGAUGCACAAGGCUUUUACACGGCUGCCUUUGAUUCAAUUCCAAAGACGCAAAUCUGGAGCAUAACUGCGGGUGAGAAUGCCACACACACAAUUCAGAAUGCAGCUUCUGGGGUCAGGAUCUAUGCACAGGUAGGCCAAGAACGACAGAGGGGAUUCUUUGUGAUCAAUUCAGAUACUCCGGUCUUCCGAGAUCAAAGGUGGGAGCUUCAGUGGCAGAAAGCUGGAGGAGGAUACAUCAUCAAGAACCUAAAGUCUCAACGUGCAAUCUCAGAUGGACCAGACGGGCUCAUGGCGACAGUGGAUUUGCAGCCAGGUUCUUUUUGGUGGAUCAUCUCUCAACAGCGGGAUGAAAUAGGCAUGGAAUUGGCCAAACUGGAACAGAGUGACGUGGUUCAGCAGUUCCAAUGUCAGGACUACCAACCUGGUCGUGCAGAGGAAGCCUCCAAAAGGUUUGGCAUUGCAGAUGGCUUGGAGGUGGUGGAAACAGAUCACAAGUUCCUUGCUUGCUCCAAGCAAGAUGAGACAACAGCUUUCUCAGUUUUCUCAUUUUUGGUGGAUUUUGCUGAUCCAAAUUGCAAAAGGAUGGACCCGGCAUGGUUUUCCAGCUCCACUCCACAUUUCCGUUAG